AUGAAUCCUUACGGCGGUCAGUAUUUCGGCUUGCCACAAGCUUAUUAUGGCGCUGUGCCAACAGCGUACCCACAAUUUGUGCCCGCUGUUGUGGGUUACACUCAGGUACCUAUCCCCCCUCCGCCCGUUACUGCAGCUCAAACCACAACCGCCACUCCCACGACCAACACAGUUUCAAUUACCGAAACAGUGACUACGGUUACCCAAGAGAAGACACCUGUUACGACAGUUUUCCGGUGUGGAAACAUUCUUAGUUGGAAACGCGUUCAAGGGGCUUCAGGAAAGCUGCAGGCCUUCGGAUUUUGUGAGUAUCAGGACCCUGAGUCUACGAUGCGGUGUGUUAGACUUCUUAAUGAAUUUGAAAUUAUCGACAAGAAACUUCUGGUCAAAGUUGACCCUAAGACCGAGGACUUGUUAGCUGAGUAUAAGAAGAAGAAGCAGAAAGAAGGUGACGAUGGCAGUCUCGGAAGUACCGCAGCCGAGGUGGAUGAGGCUACAAAGCAUGACGAUGAAGUAGUCAAGAAUGCCCUGCAAAAUAUACUCCAGGAAAGUGUUGCCGCAUUUCAAUUAGGCCAUGAGUCUCCAAAUCGCCAGGACUAUCUGGAGGGUCCGAGACACUUGACGCUUGAUGACAUGGAUCUUGACGUCGACCGAAAAGAUCUGAUUAACAAGGAAAUCGAAACCUUCCGCCGUAGGAAUGAGAAAGAGACUCCCACCGAAGAGAGAACCAGACGGCCGAAAGACACCGAUAGAGACUAUUAUUCCUCGCGGUACUCCCGAUCCCGGGCUGAACGCGAAUUGGCUCGGACGAGACACUCGCGUUCACGAUCAACCUCUCGCGAGACGUCGAAAAAGCGACUUCGAGGUUCCGUCACAAGUUCACAUCUGACAUCUUCCACCCACUCGCGGUCAAGCCACGUCGACGAAGAAGAAGAGGCCAUCAAGAAAAGGCUCGAAAGGAAGCUAAGGGAAAAGGAGGAAUCUUACCAAGAACGUUUACGGCAAUGGGAAAGCCGUGAAAGGAAAAAGCUUGCUGAGUAUGAAAGGGAAAAGGAUCGUGAAAGGAAGAAACAAGAGGAGCUUAAUGCCGAGGCCCAAAGCCUUCAUGAAUUCUUCGAAGACUACGAUGACGAUCUCGAGGACCCUAAAUUUUACAAGGGAAGCGCUCUGCAGGGGCGUUUGGCCGAUAGGGAAGUUGAAGAAGCAGCGGAUGAACGCGAUCGUCAAAAGGAAAUCGAGCAAUUGGAGGCUGCCAAACGAAAACUUAUCGAUGAAAGAGACCCUAACGCUGAGUCCAUUAUCCUACAAAUGGAACAGAAAAUGCAAGAACACCUC